UUAGUUGGAGCUCGUACGGUGACCAUCGCGGAGCGCGCGCGCGCGUCAAUUGACUUCUGUGGAAGAGGCACUACACAGUUCUGUAGCUAUAGUGGCUGAAGGCGAGAGAGAUACAAUUUUUAAUAACCCCAGUGCGAAGGGAACAUCUUUUUGAGGCACAUUUCAAAGGGAAUACAAAAAUAGAAAAAGUGUUGUGGAACAUUUUGUCGCACAAAUGGCCAAAUAUUCAUCAAAUGCAGGACAAUUGUGAAUAAGUGUGUUGAAUCCCCAUUUUUUCUGCAUAUUCUGGGGUUGUGAAAAAAGGAAAAGCCGUGCAAAGAAAAGUCGUGCUUUUGUCCCCGUUUUUUUUCCUUCAUCUACUCGCUGUAUCCUUCAUUAUGAUUUUUACAGAACUUUGACCUUUCAUCCGUGGACGACUGCAGCAUCCACUGUAAUGUGUGUAGUUUGAUCUCAAAAAUUAUAUAGCAGUGAUUUCAGCCACAAGAAUCCGCCCCUCCAGUUAAUUCUAAUCUAAAGCACAAAGCUAUGUAAUGGUAAUUGGGAGUGAAUGACAAAAAGUUAUGCAGACUCUGGUCAUUGGGAGGAAAGUCGAAAAAUUGAGUGAAAGGACACAAAGGAUAAUAAAGUGAAAAAAAGAGAUUGUGUACAAUCGUAAAAAAAAGUAUUGGCGGAUAGCAUUUGGUCAAUAAAAACAGACGGACACAAAAAAAGACUAAUUAUGGAUUGCCAAAUUGUGAAUUUACCCUCAUAGUGACUACAUUAAAUAUUUACAUACUAAUAUACAUAUUUCUAAAAUAAAAAUUUUAAUUUUAACAAAUUUUCCCAAAUUUGUUUUACGCUCAAUCUAAUUAAAAAGAAAUGUAUUUAAUUGCGAAAAAGUGAAAAUUCAUCUUAAAGUGAUAAAUAGAUAAUAAACAAUAUUGCUUAAAAAAACGUGUCAAAAAUAUUCUGAACGGAAGUUCUAUGUUUAAAAAUAAAAUUAAAAAAUAUAUAUAUACGUAAAAAACAACCACCGUAUGGGUACUAAAAUAAUUAAUAAAUCUGCAUUUAUUGAAAAUAAAAAUAAACUCAAUAGUGUGUAUGAAAUUAGUAUUAUGGGAAUGCUGUGAAAAAUACAAUUGGAGUGUCUUCACAGGCUGACACAGGAGUGUACUAAAAAAAACACUAAUUGUGUGAAGAUUCUUCUCCUCCAAUUGUGGAUUAAUUUAACACUUAAAGUGCUCAAAGAUUAUUUUAUUCAAUGAGGAAAUCUUUACUGUGAGAGUUUUAAAAAAUCCGGAAUAAAAUUGCCCUCGUCAAAAUGCAAUUGACUGUCACAAUGAUACUAUCACGAGUGGCAUUAAUCCUAAUUGGAGUGCUAUGUAUAGUGCCAAUUAGUGUGACUGGUCAACAGCAGAAAUUUCGAAUUAUCCCACAAGAUCUUCAAGUUCUCGAGGGUUCUGAGGCGCUACUAAGAUGCGAAGUGCAAAAUCUCGCGGGACAAGUGCAAUGGACCAAAGAUGGAUUUGCUUUGGGAUUUUCUGCUGUGAUACCUGGCUACCCGAGGUAUUCGGUGUUAGGUGAUCGAUCUCAAGGUAUCUACAAUUUGAGAAUCUCCAAUGCCUCACUGGAAGAUGAUGCUGAAUAUCAGUGUCAGGUGGGACCAGCCAAAUUGAAUUCUGCAAUUCGUGCUAAUGCCAAACUUGUCGUCAUAUCACCACCGUCUCAUAUUGAAAUUGAGGGAUAUGCUCACAAUUCUAAGGUGGAAGUACGUCAGAAUCAGGAUCUAACACUCACUUGCAUCGUGUCAGACGCUAAGCCACCGGCUCAAAUUCAGUGGUUUCGCGGAAAUGUGGAAUUUAAGCCUGACAAUCGAGAUGACAAAGUGACUCAGACGCAUGGAAAACGGUAUACAACCACAUCCCUCCUUCGGUUACACCCUUCAGCGGAUGAUGACUACACAGAAUACUCGUGUCAGGCUAGACACAAAGCCCUACAAUCUGAUAUGCCAAUGCGAGCGACUGUCCAGCUUUCUGUUUUGUAUCCGCCCGGAGCGCCGUACAUUGAAGGAUAUCAACCGGGUGAGACGCUGCGGCGGGGACAAAAUGUAGAGCUUGUAUGCCGCAGCCGGGGAGGUAAUCCUCCAGCACAGCUAAUUUGGUACAAGAAUGGUGUUCAAGUUCGCAUGGCUUAUAGAACCGCCGGAAGAUUGUCGGAAAAUAUUUACACAUUCACUGCAGAAGCUAGUGAUAAUAAAGCGAGAUUUCGAUGUGAAGCCAGUAAUAUAAUGUCUCAGGUUCCACUGAAAGCCGAAGUGGAUCUCACUGUGUUGUUUGCACCCACGCAUGUAACAAUUUCUGGACCAUCUGAGGCAAGAGUCGGCGAUAUUGUGCCAUUGCAGUGCAACACAGCACCAUCCAAUCCACGUGCGGAAAUAAAAUGGAUGGUCGGUGGGCAGCUCAUUAAAAAUGCAUCGUCAAGAACUGUUGUCAGCUCCGAAGGUGGAUGGAUAACAACAUCGAAUAUCACGGCAACAGUGGAACCCAAUAAGCGAUCUCUUGUGGUCAUUUGUCAUGGUUUGAAUAUGCAACUCUCGGAGAAUGUUGUAUCAACGCAUACUGUUAAUAUAUUAUACCCACCAUCGCCACCCAUUAUAUCGGGAUAUGUUGAAGGAUCCAUAAUACCAGCGGGAUCUGUGCAGAAAUUACUCUGUGUCUCAUCCGGUGGGAAUCCCCUGGCAACGCUGAAUUGGUACAAAAAUGACAAGAAGAUAAAUUCCGUGAUAAAGACAACAGAUAAAUCUGUGUCAGCUGAAUUGACGAUACUUGCAAAUGUGACAGAUAAUCAGGCACGUUAUCGCUGUGAGGCCCACAAUAGUGCCACUGAAAUACCUCUGUUCGAAACUAAAACGCUGAGUGUACACUUUGCACCGGAAACAGUGAAAAUUCACAUUGAACCGGAAGAAUUGAAGCCAAAUGUUAUUGCUACACUCUUUUGUGAUUCAAGCUCCAGCAAUCCACCAUCCAAAAUUACUUGGUGGCGCGAUGGAAUUCCAGUUGAAGGACUAAACAAUUCAUCAAAGCCCGGUCUCUGGGGUGGUACUGUUUCAUCGUUGGAGCUGAAAGUGAAUGUAACACAGGAAAUGAAUGGAGUUGUGUACACAUGUCAAAGUACAAAUGAUGCUCUGCAACGCAGUGUACACGAAGUUGUUAGUCUUCAAGUGUUGUACGCUCCAAUUUUCAACCCACCCCCAUCGAACACGGUGGUCGGUGUUGAGGGUGAACCACUGCAAGUAUCUCUCGUGGCAACAGGCAAUCCGCAAUCGAUUGCAUACACAUGGACCAAAGAUGGUGUGCCAAUUUUAAACACAGCAAAUGGAAUAGACAGGAUCAUCUCUGAGGGACCAACGCUCAAUAUUACUAAACUCAGCCGUGCUGAUGCUGGUAUAUAUACGUGCGAAGCUGUGAAUUCUCAAGGAUCUGCCAUGAUUAACAUAAGUGUUAUUGUUGAAUAUGGAACAACAAUCACAGCGGUCUCGGAGAAUGUAGUGGUGAAUCCUGGUGAGGACACUAUGCUAUCUUGUACGGUAGAAGGGAAACCUCUGACAGCCGAACAUGUGCGGUGGGAGAGACCAAACUAUGAUAUGACCAUCAAGACUUCCACAACUUUUGCCAAUGGUACGUCGUACCUGCACAUCAAAAAUGCUCUGAGGGAGGAUGUGGGUAAUUUCCGGUGCAUUGCUGACAACAGAGUGGCCAAUCCGACUAACAGGGAUGUCCUUCUUAUUGUUAAAUUUGCACCAGAAAUAGAUAAAUCACCACCACUCCUGAGAGCGGCCACGGGUGCGGGUGAGCGCGGACGGCUACCGUGUCGUGUGGAGGCUGCCCCAAAGCCGACGUUCAUAUGGGCACGAAGUGGUCAGCAAUUGAAUGUAAAUCAGUCGUCCAAGUAUUUCGUGGAGGUGAAGCAAGUGGAUGCAAUUGCAUACGAAUCCAUUCUCCUCAUUGAGCGUGUCACGCCAUCGGAUUAUGGGCUGUACGAGUGUGUUGUCCAGAAUGAAAUGGGUGACACAAAGGAGAAUGUGAGGCUCGAUAUCACUUCACCACCGGACACCCCAAUCAAUUUAACUGUGGUCAAUGUGACCCAUGACAGUGUCACAUUGACUUGGACACCCGGAUUCGAUGGUGGCAUGAAGGCUAGCUACAGAAUACGCUUCAGGGAAGCAAAUAGUGAGCACUAUCGGUAUGAAGAUGGUCUUCCGGGUGUGCAUAAAAUAACAAUAAAUGGCUUGAGGAUGAAUACGAUGUACUUGUUCUCAAUUAUGGCGUCAAAUGCACUCGGAAGCAGCAAAUACAUGCCGGAUCUUGUGAAGGCGAAGACAAAAGAAGUCCCACCGUCCUCAAAAUCCACCUCAUCCCUUGGUGUUGGUCCUUCUGUUUUGCCACCCACAAGUGGUACCUCGGGGCUACUACUCCUUGUUGGGGUGGUCUCGGGAACGGUCCUUGUACUCCUUAAUGUCCUUUUGAUCGGUUGUUGUCUCCAUCGACGCACACAAGACCGAAUAAAACGAGGACUCGAAACCGUUCCGGCUGAGUUACUGGAAAAGGCUCAAGUGCCUAAAUUAGUAAUUGUCGGAAUUGGUUUGGCUGGACUUGGCUUGUUAUUGGUGAAUGCUGCUCUUGUUGCAUGGUUUAUUAUACGUAAAAGAUCCAAAGAGACAUCGACGCAGAAUAGUAAAUCCGCUACAAUUGAAAUGUACGCGCCCAGCUCUUAUAAUGACACAGUGACUGGGGAAACAUUGUCGAGCGUUUCCGAAAAGAGUGAUUCAUAUUCAAAUGAGGGCAGUCAGCCUGAUUACAUGGAUGACACACGGAAGAAGGUUGCAUCGACGUAUUUGGUGGAGCACAAUGACAUCCCACCGCCGAGAUACCAAAGAGAUGGCACACUACCCUGCCACUAUCCCAACAAUACAGUCAAUUCCGGCCACACGCGGACACUGCCACAUCCGCGCCACAACAACCAGCACCCCGAUCAACGAUCGCGAGAUGAUCAGAUGCUGGGUAAAGGUAGCACCUACAUGCCGGCACCAUCGCCGGCUCCACCCCUAGAUGGGUCGUACUACAAUAUGAAUAGUGAUCGAUAUCUCUCCUAUCCACCUAUGGAUUAUCCACAAAUGGAAUUCACAAAUCCACCACUAUCUGUGAAUCACAUGCAGACAGUUGGAGGUGGGACACUGAGACGUGGUAUGAAGGGUGUUGUACCACCCCCAGAUGUUACACAUCACACAACACACACAAAGGCCACGCACGAUAUGCAGAAUUCCUCAUCGCAGACAAGUGGAAAUCUUAGCAAUAUAUCGCAGGUGUCACAAUCAACGCCAAAACAACCACAGGGUAUCUUAAAGGAUUCCAAAAGGAAUCAACAGCAUAAUAUGCAAAUACUCAAUGUACAAAAUGCACCAGGCGUUGAUAGCAACUUACUCAUUGGUGUCAAUGCAGCUGCAUACGAUCAGCACAAUCUUAGUUCAUUUAAUGCCCAAUUGGGCUAUACGGACGCUGAUGGGCAUCUCGUAUAGAAGGACUCUCCGUGGGUGUUUUACCAAAAUAUUUUUCCUUCCAAAAACCUCCUCUAUUUCACCUACAUCAAUUACAUUUUAGCAUUUAUACAAAUUGUAGUUUAAAAAAUGAAAAAAAAGAAGAAAUUUCUCAUAAAAUUUUGAAGAUUUUAUGAAGAAAAUGAAAAUAAUCAACUCAUGCAUGAGAAAAGAGCCUGAUUGAGAAGGUGGUGUUAUAGAAUAAUAUAGAAUUAUUAAAUUAGUAGAUAGAAUUAUCGCCUAUACGGGACAAAUUAACUUGUUGUAAUUUGUAAAAUGUUAGUAUUCUCAUUUUUAUUUAAGUACCUCUACCUACACACAGUCAUAUAUACCAAUACUAUAUAGGAUUGCUCAUUUUAUAGUGAUAUGAUCAAGGGAAAUUUUUGACUUGUUUUUAAUUAAAUUGAAAUCAAGGAAUUUUCACAACAUUUUAUUACAUUUGAACAUAAAGUAUUUUUAUUAUUUACCUACAUAAAAAUUAGCUCAAAAUGCUCAAAGGGAAAGGAAAAUAAACAUUGCGGAUUUAAUAAUAUACAAAUUUUAUUUGAUUUUUCCUCUGGAUGUAAUUAAUUGAUUUUCAAAACGUAAUCAGAGUUUGAAAGCUAAAUCCCUCAUUGGGGAGGAACUUGAAAAAAUGUCUUUUUUUAUUAAGUCAGUGUCAUAAAAAUUUUGAAAAUAUUUUUCUUCAAAACAAAACAAGAAGUUUGAGUCUAUUCCAAUCGGACAAGAAUUAAUUUUACUAAAUUCCUCUUCAAUUCGAAAAUCUAUUUAUUAGCUUUCGAUUAUUUUCUAUUUUAAUUACGGAACGGACUUAUUAAUAUAUACAAAAAAUGAAACAAAAAUGUCGCAAUUCACGUGAACGACAAAAUUCUUUAAUUUCUCAAUAUAUUUAGAAGUUCGAUGUUUUGAUGGUUCUGUUUUCCCUCUUCUUCGGGCAAUGAAAUGACGGAAAAAUUUUCUUUAUAAUAUUUGGUAAGUUGUAUUGUCAAAAAGCCCUUGGAAAUGUGGUUUUGAAAGGACACGGAAUCCCCCUGUUAUCGACCAAUGUUCUGAGAAUUUUCCAAGGAGAAUUUGUACAAAUCGUGACUCAGCUUUAGAAAAAAGAAUUAUUUUCUCAAGCUCCUCCGUUAUUUGUGAAACAGGAUUUCUGAAUUUUCUCGUAAAAUUUUAUUGAUAAAACAAGACUGUUUUGUUUAUUCCUUUGAUCACUCAUCCCGACUUCCAAAAUGAUCUCAAAUGACAUUAUCGAUAAACAAAUAUAUUUUAGUAAAAAACACAAAGAUAAUUUAUUUCUGACGAGAAAAUCUCUAUCUCAGAUGAAUAAAACAUUUAAUAGAUAAAAUUUGGGUUUGUGUUAAAUUUUAUAAGUAUUAAAAACAGUAUAAAAGAAUGAGAUUCUUAUUUUAAAUAAUAUUUUUAGUUGUUAAUUGCAGCAAAAAUAUCACUCAUAAAAAAAAUCAAAGCUGAGUUUAAUUAUCAACAAACACGAAAAGAAAAAGAAAUAAAAUCACUUGAAGGAAGAAUUAAAACGGCCUAAGAGAUUUUAAAAUAAAUAUAAAUUUAAUUUAGGGAAUUUGAUAAUGACGUAAAGUUUUAAAUUAUUUCUUUGUGAGAUAAUUAUAAACAAGAAUCUUUACCAAGUUCUCUAACUGUGAAGAUUAAACAAAAAAAAAGUAUUUCAUGUGCCAACACACAAAAGUUGUCUAAAAACUGAAGAAAAAUCUCUGGUAAAAAAAAUUUUUAAAAGGUUUAUAAGUUUUCUUUUUCCAUAAAAACAGAAAAGAAAACUUUUCUUAUGGUUCGUCAUCCAUCAUUGAAAAAUAUUGAGACGCAACAAUUUAUAAAGAACGAAAGAAAAAGUGAUAAUUUUUGCGUUUAUGAGAGAAUGAUUUAUUUGUGAGGGAUGGGAAUUAAACUUUGAUAUAUAAAAAUAAUAUAUUAUUUAAAAAUCAUGAAUAGGACUUUUAUUGUAUCAAAUUCAUUUAAUAUUAUAGUUUUUUCCCGACAUGCAAACCGAUAAUAAAAGGGAUGUAAUUAAUCUUAAUUUUUCUUUUGCCUAAACCUAUAAAAUACUCCUCUUAUAAAGAAAGAAAGAAAAAGAAAAGAAUGUGACUAAAAUCAGAACAAUCGAAUAUUGUACUUCGAAAAUCAAAUAGGUUUUAUGCGCAAUAUUUUGUAUAGAAACAGUGCAAAGAAAACUUUUUAUAAGUUGAAAAUUUGCAUAAAGAAGACCCCCUGAAAGAUAUUGUAUACCUACUUGUAUUAAAAAAAAAACAAAAUAGCGAGUAAUUAAGAUUAAUCAGAAAAUGAUUUAAAAAAAACCCAAAAAAAUGCUUUAUGUAUAAAAGAAUUUAAUUUUGUUUUUUUUUAUUGACACAAAAAAUCAGGGAUUAAAUUCUCUUUUUUGUAAAUAUUUUAUGAGUUAUUGUCUAUAAGUUUUUUUCUAUAAACAAUUUCCCAUGUAUUAAUUUUUAACGUAAAUACCUCAAAAUGCUUUUUUUUCAUUGUGGAGGAAAACAAAAAGCAAAAAAAAAAAGAGAAAAUAAAUAUUAAUUUAAAAUUUAUAGUAGAUGUAAUUUGAUUUACAAAUGAGAUUAAUUUACGCUAUGCACAAAUAUUUAUCUGAAUGAAAAAGAAGUUUUUGUUUUUAAUUUAACAAAGAAAUGAACAUUUAAACUUUUAUUUUUUUUAUAUAAACCAAACAUGCCAAAGAUGUGUUGGUCUCUCUUUCCAUUACCCAUCUAAUGGAUGGAAAGAGUGGCUCAAAAAUGAAAUCUUCAUCUCAAAGUAUAGUAGGAUCAGAUGUGAUCUCAAAAGCAUCUUCUUCUCAAUUUGGCAAAGUUUCAUUGAAUUAAUUGCUCAAAUGGAGUUUAUACGUUAUUGUAUGAGAAAGCUCCUUCCGUGGAUGAAACAUUCAGGAUAUUUGUGUCUGGAUUGUUUCUUUGAACAAUGUGUUGAUUUUUACUGAAUUUGAAUAAAUUCCAUAAAAAAUUAUGUUAAAAAAUCUGAUUUAUGUAACGUGCAGUUUUUGACAGGAAAAGAUUAAAAUAUUCUUUAAAAAAAAAGAUUUUUGUUGCAUUUUUUCACUAAAAAAAUCGUUUAUCAGUUGAAACUGCAGGAAAAAGUCAGAUACUAAAUAAAAAGAACGAAUUUUGUUCUUUCUUAUUAUAUUUUCAAGUAGAUUCUAUUUGGAUUUAAACAGAUUGGAAGACAGAAUUACUCUAUUUUAUUUAUUCAAAAUAAGAAUCCUUUAAAAGUCUUUCUAAAGAUAUUACAAUCUGCCAAACUAAAAAUUCUUCAUCAGAACUUUAUUCCUUUUAACAAUUUUUCUUUUUAUUUUGGAGCUUUAAUGAUUCUUUUUCAAACUCAAAAAAAUUUGCGCGUUACAGUACUUCCAUUGAGAUGCCAAAUUGUAUAAAUAAGUAUACAUAUAUUCACACAUAAUUCACAACACCAGACUAUUUUGCCAAAUUUUCAAGAAAUAAAAAAGAAGUGUUAUUAAAUGUCUAUUCUAAAUGGUUGUUUAAUAUUAAAUGCGAUGUUUUCUUUUUAAAAUGGAGAGGACAAUUUGUGCCUUAAAAUCCCUUAAAAUCCAAAAGAUAUAAAAAAAAAACGACAAGGAAGUCAAAGAAGUUUUCGUGUAAAAAAAAAUUAGGUUAAAAAAAAUUGUAAAUAGACGUACAAUAAAUUAUGUAAAGAAAUAGUAAAAAAAAUAUUAUUAGAUAAUAUUAAAUAUAGUAAAAAUAUUAAACAGAGAGACCGAAUUUUUGCCAAUACUUUUUCGUAUUUUGACCGUUUUUUUUUUUUUAAGAAUAAAAUGUCCAAGAAGCUGGAAUAUUGAGAAAGAAGAAUUCCAUAAUCACAAUCACAGAAAUAUAAUUUAGCUGUAAACAUAAUUGCAAAUAUUUUGUAUUUGCAUAAGCUAAUAAAAAAUAGAAUUUUUGCCAAAAUAAAAUUCCUCAUAGAAAAAAAAAGAAAACAAUUGAGUUAGUGAUAAACCAUAAUUAAUUCUUCUAACAAUUUUAUGUACCUUCGGCCUUUUCAUUUGUUUUUUAAAGCGAUGAGAAAAAAACAGAAAAUGGUAGAAAAAUUACCUCUAAAAAUGUGAAACUCUAAUUAUAUACAAUUCAAUUAAUAAAAGACCUAAUGAGAAUAUUUGCUUCCAUCUCAUAGAAUUUUUAGAUAAUAUACAAAAAAGAGACAAAAGAUGUGAAAUAUAGUAACAAACAAAAAUGAAUUUAAAUAAAAAUUAAUUAAAAUUUACAUAGGGCGUCAUAGGCUAAACAAUAAAAACUCUAUCAUUUUUUAUACACAGAUUUUUUUUCAAACAUUUUAAAAUAUAUUUUACAAAUUUCAUAAUAAAAAAGAAUGAAAAAAACGAAAAAUGUAAAUAAAUAAAUUAAACAAAGACUACGUAUUAAAUAACAAUGAUUAACGAAAAGGUACAGAUAAUUUUUGUUUUCAUUAAUUUUCUCUACUUCUCAUGAAAAUAAAAAUGUAUAAAAAAAAAUAAAAGAAAUAAUAAUGUAAAAUAAAAAUAAAUAAGCCUAAGUAAUAAAAAAAAAGAUUGCAAAAAUGGCUAUAUAGAAAAGAUUUAAUCUCAAGAUGAACAUCUAUUCAAUUACAUAAAAAAAAAACGAAAUAGAAAAGAAUUAUAAACAAAAAAGAAAAUUAGACUAAAUAAAUUUUAUUAUUAAAACAGAAAUCCAUCCUUUUUCGUAAUGUACCAAUGUGUCAAUAAAAAUGAAAAAGUAAAAAUUAAAUUGAAAAGAGUGAAAGUGUGGUGAAUAAAAGAAAACUCUUUCAUAUUUUAUAUACAUUACAGAAGUGAAAAAAAAAUAAAAAAGAACAAAAUAAGUAUUGAAAAUAAUAAGAAAACAAAACUGCAUGUGUUUUGAAAGCGCAGAAUAAGACAUGUAUGAUUGAAAAGACAACUAUUAUAUGUUUUAUUCAAAAACAAUGUGUUGAGAAAAACAUUGAAUUUUGAUCAUAAUAUAAAUAUAAAAAAAAAUAAUGAUAAAAUUUAUUAAACGAAAGAUAUUAAAUAUUGAAAUAUAGAUCUUAAUGUAAAUUGUUAACUCAAUAAUGUCUUAUGAACUCAUAUUAAUGUAGGCAUAAGAGCAAAGAACUUAAUAAAAUUAUUCUGUCAUUAUGAUAAAA